AUGCCUGGCUUUUUUCGUGGCUUAUGCAAUCGCGGAGAUAUAGCGACUGACCUCGGUCCACAUUUCUCUCCUGGUGCCAGUAUUUGGAUUCCAGGGUCGCCCGACUUCAGCACUGCCACUAAGCGGUGGUCCACAUUGGGCGCCCCUAAUGUCAGUGUUGUUGUUGAAGUCGCUACUGAAGAUGACGUGGCAGCAACGGUGAGAUAUGCAAAAGAGAAUGGUAUGUCAUUUCUGGUAUACAAUGGUGGACAUGGUGCCAUUGAGACACUUGGUGCAGUCGAAAAUGGUACUGAAAUCUGGCUCAAUCAGCUGAACUCGGUGUCCAUUGCUGGCGACGGUCAGACAGCUACAUUUGGUGGAGGUGUCAAAUCAAAGCACAUCACAGACGCGCUAUGGGCAGCUGGGGAACAGACAGUUACUGGCGGAUGCGAAUGUACGAGUCUGCUCGGACCCGGCCUUGGUGGAGGUCAUGGGUUUUUGCAGGGUUGGUAUGGUUUGAUUGCAGAUCAGUUUAUGUCAAUGAACAUGGUGCUUGCUAAUGGCUCUCAAAUUACCGUUGACAAGGACUCCGAAUUAUGGUGGGCUGUCAAAGGUGCCGGCCAUAACUUUGGCAUUGUCACAUCGGUCACUUCCAAAAUCUAUGAUAUUCCGGACGACGGGCUGUGGUCUUACAAGAGCUUCUUUUUCACGCAUGAACAGGUUGAGGAGCUUUAUGAUGCAAUCAAUCUCUACCUCCUUAAGGGAGGGAAGCAGCCUGUAGACCUGAUCAACUACUCUUUCUUCUUUAACUACCCUGCUGUUGAUUCGAAGCACCCCCUUAUUGCCUUUUUCAUCCUUCGUCAAGGGGUCGAGGCUGUUGAAGAAGAGUACGCCGAUCCAUUUGACAAACUCGGUCCCGUGAUUACGACAGGCGGCAAAGGAACAUACAAAGAUCUUCCUGAAUGGACUAGCAAUGCUGACGACUCGCUUCCGUGUCGGAAAGCUGACCUAGCUAACGCUCGCUUUCCUGUGGAUCUCCAAAGCUACAAUCCCACCGCCCAGCGUUUCGCAUUCGACACCUUUUCCAACUUCACUCAAAAGUUUCCCGCUUUCAACAAUUCUCUAUUCCUUUUUGAAGGCUACUCAUUACAGGGUGUUCAGGAAAUUGAGGAUGACUCUACAGCUUUUGCCCACCGUAAAGCCAAUCUUCUGGCGUCGCCUUUGAUAAUCUAUCAGCCAACAGACAAGAGACGUGAUGCUAAGGGUAUGAGAUUUGGAGAGUACCUACGUCAAGUUGUGUACCAUGGCAGUGGACAGGAUGAGAUGUUUCCGUAUGUCAAUUAUGCGUUCGGGAACGAGGGUCCUGAGGCCUAUUGGCGUCUGGAGCGUCUGCGCUCAUUGAAGAACAAAUAUGACCCAGACCGUCGGUUCAACUUUCAUGCCCCCUUCCAUUAG